AAACUGUGUGUGUUUUUAUUCUGAAGGUCUCUCAACCAUGACAGGUGACAAAUUGCUUUUGUAAGGGCUUUGAAUUCCACUUCAGUAGCCCACAAACGACACCACCCAUUCACUCUUCACUCAUCUCCCCAUCCAUAUUUUAUUGUUUUAUGUGAUGAGUUUUGCCGAACAGAGGGAUCUCCAGAUGCAAAGGGCAAAGCAUCUACGUCUCCGAGCUGUUUUUCUACAAAUGAGGAAACGACCCAUUUAAGAAAUUCCUUCUAAUUUCUUAGAAGUGUUGAGAGGGGAGAGUCGGUGAAUUUGGAUUUAUGGCUUUUUUGUAUUGCGGAAUAUAGACGUGGGAGGCUACCCGGAUGACAAGCUUCCAGUCCAGAUAGCAUCAGAGCCUAAAGGGGCAUGCGACAAGCUGGCGUGAUUUGCAGUCGAUAGAUUGUGCUGGAUAUUCAUUCUCUCUCUCUCUCUUUAAAAAUUACCCUUAAAAGCUGGGUUUUUGACAAGUGGGUCGAGGAGGAGUGAGGAGUGAGGAGAGAGGAGAGAGGUUUUGGAUAUAUAGAAGGUUUAGGGUUUGAAAGGAGGGUGAGAUGGAGGGAGGACAGGAGUGUUGUUCGAGCAGAGAGACGAGGAAGAGGGUGACGGGGCAAGGUGAGAAGCGGUACAAGGGGAUAAGGAUGAGGAAGUGGGGGAAGUGGGUGGCUGAGAUUAGAGAACCCAACAAGAGGUCACGCAUAUGGCUGGGCUCCUACUCCACACCGGUGGCCGCUGCCCGUGCCUACGACACCGCCGUCUUUCACCUGAGAGGACCGUCGGCGAGGCUCAACUUCCCGGAGUACCUGGUGGGAGAAGGUGGGCUCCACGACACCUCCGCUGCGUCUAUACGCAAAAAAGCUACGGAGGUGGGGGCGACAGUAGACGCUAUAGAAUGUGCCAGGACGGCUUCCAACCAAUACAAAUCCUGCGCCUUCUCUGAGAAACCCGACCUCAAUAAAGAACCGGAUCCUGAAAAUUCGGAUGUUGACGAUGACCACCACUAUCAUCUCUGAGCAACACUGUUUUUUUUUGCUAACAUGCGCCGGGGAGACCACUGCUGAGUGCUGGCGGCCAAACAAUAGGAUGGGCCCUCUCUCUUUCUCUUACUUCUUUGUGUGAAUUUUCUGUCCUUUCUUCUUCCUCCUUUGCUUGGUUCUUUUUUUUUUUUUUUCAAACGUUUCUUUGGAUUUUUUAGGUAAGAAAUUUUGGUGUUGUAAAAAAGGGUUAAUGUUAAUUACUUGGGUCCUUUUUUUUUUUUUUGCAUA